AUAAUAACUGUCAAAAAUAAAAAUUGGAUCGCGUUGCCGUCUCGAGAGGUGCGAAGAAUAUAGUUUCCAUUCAGUUAAAUAGCGUCUUAGAUUUGAGAAACGGCAACAGAUCAGAAUACAGCAGGUGACCAUCUCGUACCUACGAGGAUGCCUUCCAUCUUGUUAUGGUUGCUGGGAGUAAUAAUUGCAACAGAGGGAGGGGUAGUGAGGCCUCAAGUGGAAGCGCAGAAAACCAUAUUUAUACUGGCGGGACAGAGCAACAUGGCCGGGAGGGGAGGCGUGGCGAACGUCUGGGACGGGGUGGUGCCGGUGCAGUGCCGUGAGAACCCGUCCAUCCUGCGGCUGAGCGCAGGAUUGGAGUGGGUGGAGGCGAAGGAGCCGCUGCAUCGGGACAUAGAGGCGACGGAGACGACCGGGAUCGGGCCGGGGAUGGCAUUCGCAAAUCGGAUCUUGAAGAAGAAGCCUGAACUGGCGGUGGUGGGGCUGGUGCCGUGCGCCGUAGGAGGCACAAACAUAAGCGAAUGGGAACGAGGAAGAAAGCUGUACAAUCAUAUGAUGAGGAGAGCUAAGGCAUCGGUGAGAAGUGGCGGAAGUAUCAGUGCGUUGCUGUGGUAUCAAGGCGAAUCUGAUACUAUCAAUCUCACAGAUGCUCAGGCAUACGGCUCCAGACUCCGCAAGUUUUUCUCCGACGUUCGUGCUGACCUCCAGUCUCCGUUGCUUCCUAUCGUCCAGGUGGCUCUGGCGUCGGGUAUUGGCCCAUACGUGGAGACGGUGAGAGAAGCCCAAUUAGGGAUGGACCUUCUGAACCUGAGGACCGUUGACGCCAAGGGCUUGGCACUCAAGUCUGAUGAGCUUCAUCUGUCGACCCCAGCCCAGGUCCAUCUGGGUCAGAUGAUGGCCGACGCACUCCUUCGCUUCCUACCCACCCCAUCGCAUGCUCAAGCUCCUCACCCUAACCAGGCCCCUCCCCCUCAAAGGCCUUCUUAAUUUUUCUCUUCAUCCCAGUUUUCUUUUACUCCUUUCCCCCUCCCUUUCUCCUUGUGAUUUUUCUUACUAUUAUUCCGUUACGCAACAAGACUUCGUCUAUGAAAAGUAUAGCUGUAAAACGUCUCUCUUUUUGAGGAAAACAAAAAUGAAAGCAGAAGAAUUGUUACUUCUCA